AUGGAUGGAAAGACGGACGUGGAGGUUCAUCGAAUCCACGUCCGGGAGGUUCUUACACUUAUGCGAGAGCGUAAGUUGUUUGCGAGCCUCAAGAAGUGUAUAUUCGCAGCAAGCGAAAUACCUCUUCUUGGCUGUAUCGUCGGUAAACACGGUGUACGCUCUGAUCCAGAAAAGAUCAAGGCGAUUAGUGACUGUCUUGUGCCAGUCAACUUCAAGGGACUUCGAAAGUUCAUUGGAUUAGUGGCGUACUUGCACAAGAACUCGCGCAAGUACGCCGAGAUGACCGUACAUCUCUCUCGUCUGUUAAAGAAAACAGAGGUGAUCAUGGAGUGCUGA